UCCUCACGAUCGUGACUAAGUUUUGAAUCAAGCAGGAAUAUCUGGAGAAGUAUCAUCUGAACUGAGAUCUGCUGCUGUGAAGAUGGAGUUUAUUAAAGAAGAGAGUGAAGAGAACACGAGUGAACCAGAAACCGGGAGAAUAAAACACGAGGAACCAGAAACCUGGAGAAUAAAACACGAGGAACCAGAAACCUGGAGAAUAAAACACGAGGAACCAGAAACCUGGAGAAUAAAACACGAGGAACCAGAAACCUGGAGAAUAAAACACGAGGAACAAGGAGAAUUAAUUGAAGAAAAAGAGGAGAAUGAAGAAUCAAAUGAAGUUGAGGAGAAAAAUCAUGUCAAAACUGGAGGAAAACCAAUGAGUUGCACUCAAACCAAACAGAAAGAUUUAAAGAAAAAAAGAGUCAAGAAAUCUUUCACCUGCACUCAGUGUGGAAAGAUAUUCACACACAAAACAGGUUUUGAGCGUCACAUGAGAAUUCAUACUGAAGAGAAACCAUUCUCUUGUGAUCAGUGCAGGAAGCGUUUCAAACAAUCCGCAAACCUGAAGAUACACAUGAACAUCCACACUGGAGAGAAGCAGCACACAUGUGAUAAAUGCGGUAAAGUGUUUUUAUGGGCUUCACUUCUGAAGAAACACUUAAAAGUUCAUGCAGAGGAGAAGCCACAUCCAUGUCAUUUGUGUGGUAAAAGGUUUUUGCAUCCACAAAGUUUGAAAGUACAUAAGAAAAUACAUACUGGUGUGAGAGAGUACAUGUGCUUAGAGUGUGAAAAGACUUUUAGUUCAGUGAGCAGUUUAAAACAGCACCAGAGGAUCCACACUGGAGAGAAACCUUACAAGUGUGCACACUGUGACAAGAGAUUCAGUCAGUCAUCAACUCUGAAAACACAUGAGAGGAUCCACACCGGAGGGAAACCUAAUAAGUGUUCACACUGUGACAAGAGAUUUAGUGAAUUAUCACAUCUGAAAAAACAUGAGAGGAUCCACACUGGAGAGAAACCUUACAAGUGUUCAGACUGUGACAAGAGAUUUAGUCAGUCAUCAAAUCUGAAAACACAUGAGAGGAUCCACACUGGCGAGAAUUCUUAUAAGUGUUCACACUGUGACAAGAGAUUCAGUGAUUCAUCAACUCUGAAAAAACACGAGAGGAUUCACACUGGAGAGAAACCAUAUAAGUGUUCACACUGUGACAAGAGAUUCAGUCAGUCAUCAAGUCUGAAAACACAUGAGAGGAUCCACACUGGAGAGAAACCUUAUAAGUGUUCACAAUGUGACAAGAGAUUCAGUGAUUCAUCAAAUCUGAAAAAACACGAGAGGAUUCACACUGGAGAGAAACCGUAUCACUGCACUGUACGUGGGAAGCAUUUAAUUCAUUCAUUUGUUAUACACAGUCAUAUAAAACAAUCACAGUAAGGCCCCGUACAAAUGGAGACACGUUUAGCUGUAUAUGUACAUUUUUCCUGUGGUAUAUGUGUUUUGUCCAGACAAAUCUGGUGUUUUGGGAGAGUGAAAUCCCUAUUUCUUGAAACCGGGUCCCAGAGUGGAUAAAUCUGAAAAUGACACCUUUGCAUUUUCAUGUGUACAGCCAAUCCGUAUAUUUAGUGAAACAAUGAUGUCAUCACCCCACGUCUCGACCCUAGUCAGACACCACUACGUCAUGUAACACAAACAACAACAACAAUGGAGGACUACAUGUUUGUGUUCAUGCUGCAGAAGAGCAAAGAGAAUAGAUGAGUGUCACAAAGAGAAUAGAUGAGUGUCAGUGAAAAUGUUCUUUGAUAAUGUAAAUGUUCUCUGCUCUGUUUCUGUACAGUGAAAGUGAUAUGAUUAGCAGGGGCGGGUUUAGUGAUUUGGGGGCCCCAAGCAAAAUACAGGAAUUGGGCCCUAUACACUAAACAAUUGUCUACACAAUCCAAGGUUGAUAAAAUUAUAAACUUUAAAAUAAAUUUAUUUUAUUUAUUUUAAUUACAAAUUUAAACUGAACUGAAGGAAAUUAUACAUUUAGAUGCUUGAGGAUUAUUUCAAGCAAACAUGAAGUGUGCUUGUGUGGAAAGUAACUGCAUGAGUCCUUCACAGAAAUGAGUGAGUACCAUUUAAAACAAUAAACAUAUAUUACACA